AUGUCAGUGACUCGUGAUUUCGGCGAGAAAGAAGCCAGCUGGAUUGAAAACGGUGGGCCUACCGAAGAACUGCGAUGCAUCUAUAUGAGCUCCGGGGGAAAUACAGUGAUAUUCGAACGCCCUACACCGCCUUUAUCACCGAACAGAUGCCGGUAUGAAACGGGCAUCCUGGCGAUGGUCGCCCAUGAUGAAUUAUAA